AAAACUAUGCCAUGUUUCAGCUUCGCCGAGUCAAAGAACUCCUGCUUCCGUUCCAACUUCAUCCGCGCCGGCCUCUGCUCCACCCUCACCGACCUCAACGACGGCGGCACCACCAUGCACUGCUGGGUCCCCAUCUCCCCAAACUCUUCCAAACCCAACCUCCUCCUCCUUCACGGCCUCGGCCCCAACGCAAUGUGGCAGUUCGCUGACCUCAUCCACCACGUCACUCCCCACUUCAACGUCUACGUCCCCGACCUCCUCUUCUUCGGCGACUCCUCCACCGCCCGGCCCGACCGCUCCGAGUCUUUCCAGGCCGAAUGCGUCAUGCGGGUCAUGGAGGCCCACUCCGUUCGGGUUUUCAGCCUGGUGGGCCUCAGCUACGGCGGGUUUGUAGGGUACACGCUGGCGGCGCAGUACAAGGAGGCGGUGGAGAGGGUGGUGAUUUGCUGCGCCGCCGUGUGUAUGGAGGAGAAGGACUUGAGGGAAGGGGUGUUUACGGUAUCGGAUUUGGAUGAGGCUGCUAGCAUUCUGGUGCCGCAGACGCCGAGCAAGCUUAAGGAGCUGGUUAAGCAUACCUUCUUCCGGCCGCCGCCAAUGGGGCUUAUGCCGUCGUGCUUGCUCAGGGAUUUCAUCGAGAUAAUGUUCACCGAUUUUGUUCAAGAGAAGAAAGAACUGAUUCUGGCAAUCCCUAAAAACAGAAAACUUUCAGACCUUCCCAAGAUUCAUCAGCCAACUCUUAUAAUCUGGGGAGAGCAUGAUCAUCUAUUUCCAUUAGAAUAUGCCCACAAACUAAAAAUGCACUUGGGCGAGAAUGCUCAGCUUGCAAUAAUCAAGGGUGCAGGGCACGCAAUAAGCGCAGAAAAGUCCAAGGAGUUCAACAAGCAAAUCAAGUCAUUCCUAAUUGAUUUCAAGCGCUCACAAAUCAGUCCAUCUGCUAAACAAUAGUUGCUGACAUGAAGCUGUUCAAUGUAGUUUAGGUUGUGAUCUCAUAUUGCAAAUUU